AUGAGGAUUACCGAAAUCGUUAUCGACGGCUUCAAAUCGUACGCCUCGCGUACGGUGAUCUCGGGAUGGGAUGAGUCCUUCAACUCGAUCACUGGCCUGAACGGCAGCGGUAAAUCCAACAUCCUCGAUGCCAUCUGUUUCGUGCUGGGUAUCACCAACAUGAGCACCGUCCGCGCGCAAAACCUGCAGGAUCUCAUCUACAAGCGUGGCCAGGCCGGUGUGACCAAGGCCAGCGUGACUAUCGUUUUCGACAACCGUGACACUGCGAAAUCGCCGAUCGGAUUUGAGGAAUAUGCGAAUAUUUCCGUCACUCGGCAGAUUGUUCUUGGAGGAACGAGUAAAUACCUGAUCAACGGCCACCGUGCGCAGCAACAAACAGUACAGAACCUCUUCCAGAGUGUCCAGCUGAACAUCAACAACCCCAACUUCCUCAUUAUGCAGGGUCGCAUUACGAAGGUCCUGAACAUGAAGGCGGUGGAAAUUCUAUCCAUGAUUGAGGAAGCGGCGGGCACGCGCAUGUUCGAAGAUCGAAGAGAAAAGGCGAACAAGACCAUGGGAAAGAAAGAACUGAAACUGCGCGAGAUCGAAGGGCUUCUGAAGGAAGAGAUCGAACCGAAGCUGGAAAAGCUGCGAUCCGAGAAGCGGGCCUUCCUCGACUUUCAACAGACGCAGAACGACUUGGAGCGCUUGACCCGGCUGGUGGUUGCCCACGACUAUGUACGCGGCGGCGAACGGCUGCGUGUUGCAGGCGAAGAAUGCGAAAAUAAAAGAAGCAAGGUGCAGGCACUUGAAGAUAACGCCCAAAAGCUGAAGAGCGAGAUCGUGCACCUGGAAGAGGAUGUGAAACGAGUUCGAGCAGCACGCGACAAGGAACUUCGAAAAGGCGGCAAGUUCCAAGGCCUGGAAGAUGAUGUCAAAAGCCACUCCCAUGAGCUCGUUCGGCUGACGACGGUUUUCGAUCUGAAGAAUGCGAGCAUUGACGAGGAAAAGGAGAAGCGCAAGACCAUUCAGAAGACUGUCGGUGAUCUCGAGAAGGUUCUGAAGGAGAAGAAGAAGGUCUAUGAUAAGCUGCAGGCUCAGUAUGAUGCGGCUAAAUCCGAACUGGACGCACAGACAGUAGAGGUGGAACAGAAGGAGGAAUUGCUUCAGACAUUGCAGACCGGUGUCGCUUCGAAAGAAGGGCAAGAGAGCGGAUAUCAAGGCCAGCUGCAAGAUGCCCGCAACCGUGCCAGCAACGCCGCUACGGAACAAGAGCAAGCCAAGCUCAAGGUCAGCAAUUUUGAAAAGAGGAUAAAGGAGGAAGAACCUCGCGCAAAGAAGGCCAAGGAGCAAAACUCGGGCCUUCUCCGGGAUCUGGAGGGCCUGAAGACGCAAGCUCAGAAGCUUGAGUCGGAACUUACCCGGCUUGGUUUCGAGCCCGGCAAAGAAGAACAAAUCUACCAACAACAAAAGGAGUUGCAGGGGGACAUUCGUGAUCUUCGCCAACGGGCCGAUGGUCUCAAGAGAAAGGCCGCCAAUAUUGACUUCAACUACACGGACCCUCACCCCAACUUUGACCGAUCGAAGGUCAAGGGCUUGGUUGCCCAGCUUUUCACUCUGAACAAGGAUAAGAUCCCGGCGGCCACUGCUCUGGAGAUCUGCGCUGGUGGUCGCCUGUACAACGUGGUUGUCGAGUCGGCGGAAAUCGGUACCCAACUCCUCCAAAAAGGAAAAUUGCGCAAGCGCGUGACCAUUAUUCCUCUCAACAAGAUCUCAGCCUUCAAGGCUUCUGCAGAGAAGAUUGGGGCUGCACAGAAACUUGCCCCGGGCAAAGUGGACCUUGCGCUGUCCUUAAUCGGACAUGACGAGGAGGUCCUUGCAGCGAUGAACUAUGUCUUUGGUAACACGCUGGUUUGCAAUGACGCCGAUACCGCCAAAAAAGUGACCUUUGACCCAUCUGUUCGCAUGAAGAGUGUGACGCUCGACGGCGAUGUCUAUGAUCCGUCUGGAACCCUCUCUGGUGGAAGUUCGCCGAAUUCAAGCGGCGUACUCGUUACUUUGCAGAAGCUCAAUGAGAUUACCAAGGAACUGCGAAGCAAGGAGCGACAGCUUGCAAACUUGGAAGACACUAUGAACAAGGAGAAGAAGAAGCUUGACGCAGUGCGGUCUAUCAAGCAGGAGCUGGACCUCAAGACCCACGAGAUCAAGCUCACUGAGGAGCAGAUCAACAGCAACUCGUCUUCUUCGAUCAUUCAAGCGGUCGAAGAAAUGAGGGCGAACAUUGAACAGCUCAAGAAAGACAUCGCCGACGCAAAGACUCGCCAAGCCGAAGCAUCCAAGGAUAUCAAGAGAACUGAGAAGGACAUGAGCGAGUUCAGCGACAACAAGGAUAGCAAGCUGGCGGAACUUCAGACUUCGCUCGACGCUCUCAAGAAGAGCCUCACAAAGAACUCCAGCUCGGUCAAAGAGCUGCAGAAAGAACUUCAGACCUCCAGGCUUGACUCUGAACAAGUUGGCAGUGACCUUUCAGCUGCCGAGGAACAGCUGGCAGAGUCUGAGAACACUCUGAAGGCUCAGGUGGAGGAAAUUGACUCCCUCAAGCGGGAGCAGAGCCGACUUAAGGAUGCUCAUGAUGUUGCGCAGGCUCAACUUGAUGAUGAGAGAGCUAAGCUGACCGGUUUCGACGAUGAAUUACGGGAAUUACAGGAUACUAUGCAAUCCAAGUCCUCGCAAAUUACCGAAGAAGGCUUGGAGAUGCAGAAACUGGGACACCAGCUCGAGAAGCUCCAGAAGGACCAGCACACGGCUGCUCAGGCUGUCGCGCACAUGGAGCAGGAACACGAAUGGAUUUCCGAUGAGAAGGAGCAUUUUGGUCGCCCGAACACAGCCUAUCACUUCCAGGAUCAGAACAUCGCUGAGUGCAAGUCUACCCUGCGAAAUCUGACGGAACGGUCUCAAGGCAUGAAGAAGAAGAUCAAUCCGAAGGUCAUGAACAUGAUUGAUAGCGUUGAAAAGAAGGAGGCCGCGCUCAAGAACAUGAUGAAGACCGUGAUCCGCGACAAACGAAAAAUCGAGGAGACCAUCAUCAAUUUGGAUGAGUACAAGAAAGAGGCCCUCCAUAAAACUUGGGUCAAGGUCAAUGGCGACUUUGGGCAGAUUUUCGCGGAACUACUGCCAGGCAGCUUUGCCAAGCUCGAUCCCCCAGAGGGCAAGGACAUCACAGACGGCCUGGAGGUCAAGGUAUCUCUUGGUAAGGUGUGGAAGCAGAGCUUGACUGAGCUGAGUGGUGGACAACGCUCCCUCAUCGCUUUGUCGUUGAUCAUGGCCCUCUUGCAAUUCAAACCGGCUCCCAUGUACAUUCUGGAUGAGGUCGACGCGGCGCUGGAUUUGUCCCACACACAGAACAUCGGCCGACUGAUCAAGACCCGCUUCCGCGGAUCUCAGUUCAUCGUCGUUUCACUCAAGGAUGGCAUGUUCCAGAAUGCGAACCGCAUCUUCCGCACAAGAUUCAGCGAGGGUACGAGUAUUGUUCAAGCACUGACUCCCGCCGACAUGAAAUAA